CUUCUGUCUGCAAUUAAUCUAUGGAACGCGUUAGAGAAUCAUCAGAAACUCUUGCUUCCACAACGACCUCAUCUUCGUCUCCCUCAUGCAAUGUAGACGUUGAGAAUCGUGGAAAACAACUAAGUCCUUUCUCAACAAGAAGAUCUAGAGCUGGCUUCUCUGAUUCUUUCUCUUCUCAUGAUUUACAAUCAUUCUGUUCAAAUCAAGAAAACAUAAAACUCUACCCCAACCAAACCGAAUCAGACGAUGACUUAUCAAGGAGCAUAGAAUCUGAAACAUCAUGUCCCGUGGUGAGCACGUCAGACUCAUUAGCAUCAUCAGAACCUCAUAAUCACCAUUCCCACCACCAUCAUUCAUCUAUAGGCCUCACUAGCGGUCAAUGGAGAGGUCGUUUCGUCCGUUUACUCAAGAAAGGAUCAUCCGCAAUGCCAUUCAACACACCUCUUAAAGGAGUCCCUAAACUAACCAGACGUAAAAGCAAACGCAUAAGAGACAACAUGGUCCCUGUUCUACCUGCUACUUCUCUUGACACUGGUGACUUGUUCUGUUUCAAACCCUCUUGGAGAAACUACUCCCUCCAAGAUAUUCAAACCGCUACCAAUGGCUACAGCCGUGAGAAUCUGAUUGGAGAAGGAGGAUAUGCGGAAGUAUAUAAGGGACAGAUGGCAGAUGGGCAAAUAGUGGCAAUAAAGAAACUGACUAGAGGUUCUGCAGAGGAGAUGACAAUGGAUUAUCUUUCCGAGUUAGGGAUCAUAGUUCAUGUAGAUCAUCCAAACAUAGCUAAGCUUAUUGGAUACUGUGUUGAAGGAGGAAUGCAUCUUGUUCUUCAGCUAUCUCCUAAUGGAAGCCUCGCUUCUUUGCUCUAUGAGGCGAAAGAGAAGUUGAGUUGGAGCAUAAGAUACAAAGUGGCGACAGGAACAGCUGAAGGACUGUACUAUCUCCAUGAAGGUUGCCAGAGAAGGAUCAUUCAUAAAGACAUCAAAGCUUCUAACAUUCUUCUCACUGAGAACUUUGAGGCUCAGAUAUCUGAUUUCGGCCUGGCUAAAUGGCUGCCAGACCAAUGGACUCAUCAUACCGUAUCGAAAAUAGAAGGAACAUUCGGCUAUCUUCCGCCAGAGUUCUUCAUGCAUGGUAUUGUGGACGAGAAAACAGAUGUAUAUGCUUAUGGAGUCCUGCUUCUUGAGCUCAUUACUGGUAAACAAGCCCUAGACAGCGCACAACAUAGCCUUGUCAUGUGGGCCAAGCCAUUGAUCAAAGAGAACAAGAUCAAACAACUAGUUGAUCCGGUUAUGGGAGAUGACUACGACUUAGAAGAGUUGGAACGCCUUGUUUUCAUAGCAUCCUUGUGCAUACACCAAACCUCCAUGAACCGGCCUCACAUGAAUCAGGUUGUGGAGAUUUUUAGAGGCGACAAGGGCAGUUUAGACCAGCUAAAACAACGACAAAACUCCAAACUGCAGAGGACUUACUCGGAAGAACUAUUGGAUAACGAAGAAUACAACUCGACAAGAUAUUUGAACGAUAUUAACCGACACAUGGAGACUGUUCUCGGAACAUCUAAAAACUCAUGAAACAAUUUACUUA